AUGAUGUCGACACUAUCUUCGAUUAUUCUGAUUGGCCUCAUCUUUGCAAGAAUCGUUCACGGAGAUGUCUGUCCCACGCAAGCACUGAUGAAGCUUUCAAGCAGCAUCAAUCUCGCCGGCUGUACGGCGGGCACAGGUCUUAGUAUGUCUACAUUGGCAAGUCUGACUACAGAGCAAGUGAUGGAUUUAUGCGAAAACUCGUUUUGCCGUGCAUUCUUAAAUGAAGUGGAGGCGGAAAAUCUUGGUGACUGCACUAUUCCGGGCCUGAAUGUCUUUGUUGAAAGUGACAUUUUGGACCAGGUGUCGGAAUUCUGUAAUGGAAGUGGUUCGAUAGGAUCAAUGUCCAUGGGAUCGUCUUCGUUUGACAAUGAGACUAAUGUUGGUGAUGAAUCAGAGGACAAUUCUUCAAACGGCGACAAUACUGCCGGGAGAAGUACAUCUAAUUCCACGAGCAACGCCAUAACUGUGACAGUCGGAAUAUACAUCAUGGUUACGGCAACCUUUAUGGCGAUGAUAUAG